CCAGGGUCAGAUUAUAUGCAGGUGCAGGAGUGGAACAUGGAGGCCCCUCACCUGAUGCCGCUGCAGCCGCCGCUGCUGCCGGAGCGGGCGCACGUGCGGGAGGCGCAGCUCCACUCCGCGGAGGCCUCGCUCUGGACCGUGGUGGCCACGGUGCAGGCCAUGGAGAGGAAGAUCGACCUGCUGGCCACCCGCCUGCUCAGCCUGGAGGGCCGCUCCGGCACGGCCGAGAAGAAGCUGCUGGACUGCGAGAAGACGGCCAUGGAAUUUGGGAACCAGCUGGAGAGCAAGUGGGCCGUGCUGGGCACCCUCAUCCAGGAGUACGGGCUGCUCCAGCGGCGCCUGGAGAACAUGGAGAACCUGCUGAAGAACAGGAACUUCUGGGUGCUGCGGCUGCCCCCCGGCCCCCGGGGCGAGGUCCCCAAGGUGCCGGUGACAUUUGUUGACAUCGCCGUCUACUUCUCAGCGGAGGAGUGGAAGAACCUGGAGGAGUGGCAGAAAGAGCUGUACAACAACCUGGUGAAGGAGAACUAUGAGGCUUUGCUGUCCCUGGAUGGGGCCCUCUCCAGAAGCGAGGCCCAGCCGCGCAGCGAGCGCGGGGACGGGCCCUGUGUCCCUGAGCCGCGGGAGCUGGAGCAGAGGGAGCUGCCACCAGACGCCUGCGCGGAGUCGCUGAUCUCCACCUCCGACAUCCUGUCCCGGAUCAAGCAGGAGGUGGCGUUCGUAGGGGAGCAGCAGCAGUUCCCGGAGGAGCGGGGCAUGCCGCCGGACCCCUGUGCCGGCGCGGACGCCCUGAUCACCGCGCACGACUUCUUGUCGUGGAUCAAGCAGGAGGAAGAGCCCUGUGUCCGGGAGCCCUGGGAGCUGCCCGAGAGGGAGAUGCUGCCCCCGGGCCCUGGUCCUGCCAGCGAGGGGCUGCUGGUGAAGACGGAGGAGCGGUGCCCCCACGCCGAGCCCCCGGAGGAGGUGGGUUUGCCGGGCAGCUCCGGGGAGCUGCUCUUCCCCGGCACGGGCUUCGGGACCGCCGAGGGACAGGCGGCGGUGCCGGCGGCGGUGGCCCUGCCGGCGCAGCACAGACUGGGCAAAGCUGCGGGCCCCGAGCCGGGCCCGGGCGCCGAUUCCGGGGCCGUCCCCGCGGCGCCGCCGGGCCCCGCCGAGGAGCGGCCGCACGGCUGCGCCGAGUGCGGGAAGAGCUUCAGCGGCAAGAAGAGCCUGCGGAUCCACCAGCGCAGCCACGCGGCCGAGCGGCCCUACCCGUGCGCCGAGUGCGGCAAGAGCUUCAAUUGCCACUCGGGGCUGGUGCGGCACCAGAUGAUCCACCGCGGCGAGCGGCCCUACAAGUGCUCCGAGUGCGGCAAGUGCUACAGCCGCAAGGAGCACCUGCAGAACCACCAGCGGCUGCACACCGGGGAGCGCCCCUUCGCCUGCGCCCAGUGCGGCAAGAGCUUCAUCCGCAAGCAGAACCUGCUCAAGCACCAGCGCAUCCACACCGGGGAGCGCCCGUACCAGUGCCCCGCCUGCGGCCGCAGCUUCCGCUACAAGGAGUCGCUCAAGGAUCACCAGCGGGUGCACGGAGCCGAGCCGGGGCCGCCGCCGCUGCCGCCGCCCGGGAUCCUGCCCCCCGUCCUCCAGCUCUCGCGGCGCUCCUCGCGCAGGCGGGAGCAGCCCAGCCCGCGGCCGGGGCCGGCGGCGGCCGGGGCGUCUCCGGGCGGGGAGGCGGAGGAGGGCAGCGACUCCUCGGUCAGGGCGCCGUGCAGCGGGGAGCGCGCCGGGGGCUCCUCCUCCGCCGGAGCCUUCUCCCAGGUGGGCCCCAUCAGUACCCUGGGCAAGGCGCCCAUCUCCGGGCCCGGGCCGCCCGCCUGCUCCUCGGGAUGCGCCGAGUCGAGCCCGCGGCCCAGGGCGGGCAGGUCGGACACGCCCUCGUGCCCCCAGUCCGAGGAUGGGGAGAUGGCCGACGCGUCUGGAGUGCGCAGCUCCGGUCCCGACUCGGCUGGGAGAGAAGAGAAACCUCCGCACCCCCAGCCCGCGCUGGCUCCGCGUACCGGCGCCGCCCUGCCCCUCUCCUCGGUACUCGCAGCCGCCGGCGGGGUCGGGGCUCUGUCCCGGCAGGCGCGGCGCGGCCGAGCCCUCCACGUCGGGCAGGGCCGAGGGCUGCCCGUUGGUGUCGAUGUAGAUGCUGGGGUGGCUCACGCUGGGCUGCAGGUGCAUGAAGGGCUGCUUGGACGCGCCGGGGAAGAACAGAUCUGCGGGACACAGAGGACGUGGCCUCAGCUGGUGGGGACACGGUGGCCCCAGAACCGCCACCACUCACCCGGGUCCAGGAUGAUCUCUGGCUCGGAGUCGUGGCUGGCCUGCAGGAAGGUGGAAGCCACCAUCUUCUCCAGGGGCGUGAGGCGCGGCUUGUGGAGCGGCCCGCCGGCGCGGUUCAUGGGCAGGGCCUCGGACCCGUACAGGGCGCUGAAAUGCCGGACCACAUUCCAGACCAGCGUCUCGGUCUCGUCAUUGGAGAAGUUGGCCUUCCUCUUCCGGCCAGACGCUGGCAUCGCCUGCGAGGCUGCGGCAGAGGUGGAAGGGGCACAAUUGAACCUCGGUCCCCACUCCUCUCUGUCAGCUCCUGGGGGGAACAUGGGGCUGCGGGAGCCCGAGGGAGCCGCGGAGGAGGGAGCCGAAGCAAGAGCCCCGGAGGCAUCCAUGGCAGGGGAGGCUUGGGCCGGGGAGGAUCUAAAGAGCCGCUUCGGCACAGCACGCGGCACGGGCGCACCGCAUCGCCUCGCCCGGCUCGAGGGCACCUGGGAGGGGAGAAAAGGAAAGGGCAGCGGUGGCUGGCGGCAGCGCAGGGGGACGGCGAGGGCCCCCCGGCUCUCUCCAGCCAGAGGCACCCGGGAGCCCCCAGGCAGGCGGGGACGUGGCAGCACCACAGGGAGGGGUUGUGGCAAGCGCCUCGGGCACGGCACCUGCCAUGGAGCUGCCUCACAGGGUGCCUCAGAGCACCUCAGGGCCGGGCUGAGGGUGAUGGGGACACCUCAAGGCCACGGCAAGGGGCUCACGGCAAUGCUGGCCGUGACGGGGAAAGUGUUGGGCGUGAUGAGCACUUCAGGAGCCCAGCCAGGGCCUCGGGGCCACAGCACUGACCAAGCCCUGAAGGACAGGUCCAGGGGCCUCGGCCGCAGUGAGCACCUCAAGGCCAUGGUGAAGACCUUGGCCAAGAAGCAGGCCUUGGCAAGGGAAGGCCCGCCCUGCGCCGGCCGACACCAUGUGCACCGCGUCCUCCAGCUCGUAGAAGGCCUGGAAGAGAUCCGGCGAGGUGGCCUGGCACUCCAGGUACCGCCGCAGCGUGGCCAGGCUCUUCCAGACCUCCCGUUCCGAGGGGCAGGGCGGCACGGCCGCCAGCUCGCCCGCGUCCUCCCCCUCCGUCACGGCCUCGUCCCCGUCCGCCUCCGCCGGCUCCGGCUGCUCCCGGCCGAGCAGGCCGGGGGCCGGGGCGAGGGACACGGCCUCGGCGCCGGUGGUGAAGCCGGCGGCGCGGAAGCAGCCGGCGAUGAGCCCCGGGGGAACGUCGCCCCAGGCUUGCGCCAGCAUGUGCAGCACAUCCAGCAGGCUGGGCUGCCCCGCGCCGCGCUCCGCCGGCAGCCACCGCAGCAGCCGGCGCCCGUAGUGACCUCUGAGGUCACCGGCAACGCCGCGCUCCAGGGGCUGGGCCAGGGCGGCGGCUGGCGGGACGAAGACCAUCCUGACGUUGGACAGCUGGACGUAGGGGUGCGCCUCGUGCUUGGCCAGCAGGAGGAGGACGCUCUUGCCCCGCCGCCGCAUGGCCUCGUUGAAGUCCCGCAGCCACUCGGCGAAGAGCGGGGCGGUCAGGCCGGCCGGGCUGCCGGCGCGGUAACUCCACGGCAUCUGCUCCAGGUUGACGCCCCGCAGGCAGCGCGGCCGGGGGCUGUCCCCCACGGCCCGCAGCGGCACCUUCUCCGAGCCGCUGGCGUUGGCGCAGAGCAGCAGCGUCAGCCGCUCGCCGGGGCUCUCGCCCUGGCCGAGGGCACCGGCCGGGAGCGGCACCGCGGUCUCCCCGCAGGCGAAGAUCUCGGCGGGCGCGUAGCUGCGGAGGAGCCCGGGCAGCACCGUGCCGGCCCAGUGCUCCGCCGUGGGCUGCUCCGCGUCCCCUUUCUCCGCCGGCGGCUUCUUGCCGGCGAGGCCGUGGCGAGCGCCCAGCGCAGCAGCGCGGCCUCCAGCGCCGCGUCCUUCCCCUCCCGCUUGCGCUUGCGCUCGGGGUCGCCGUUGCGGUGCCACUCGCUCAGGAUGCGCUCCUUGUUCUUGAUGAUGCGGCAGAUCUGGGGCUGCGACACGCCGAAGCGCUUGGCCAGCUCGCUCUGCGACACCUUGGGGCCCUCCAGCAUCUCCAGCACGCGCACCUUCUCGGUCAGCGACAGCUCCUUCCGCUCCUUCCGCGGCGCCGCCGCCGCUCCCUCCGCCGUGCCCGGGGAGCGCCCGGUGCAGGGCCGCGGGCGGUGGGGGCUGCCGGUGACCCCCAGCCCCCCGGGCUCGGCGAGGCCUCUCCCGCAGCGGCUGCAGCCGAGCUCCGUGCCGCGCCCCAGCCGGUGCCGCACCAGGUCCGGCUUCUGCCCGACGCCUCGGCCGCACUCGGCGCAAUCCAGCGGCGGCUCCCCGGGCCGGCAGCGGCGGCUCUCGAAGGCGGGGGGUGCGGCGAUGAACCCCCCGUUACCGGCAGCGGGCGGGACGAGGAAGUCGGCGGGCCCGGCGUGGCGGCACGGGGGCGAGCGGGGCGGUGGGGACACGCCGUGCUCGCUCUUCACCUCCUUCCCCUGCCAGUCCCCUGCGGAGACAGGAGCGCGUUGGGCAGCGGCCGUCUCACCGGGGAUGCCGCGGGACCAAGCCCCCGGCUGGGCGGGAUGCGGGCCGGUGCCCGACUCCUGCUCCCGGUGCCACCGGGGCGCCAUCCCGCCCGUCCCCGCGUCGCGCUCACCCCGGGCGGGGCCGGCGGGGGCCGGGGGGCUCUGGUGCUCCCCAGAUGACAUCGGCCAGACCAGGCCGGGGCUGGCUGCCCGUGGUGAUGGGGACAGCAGCCGGUGUGGUCCCGUGGUGACCCCAAAGCCACCCUCCUGCUCCCGCUAUCAGCCCGGUGAGUGCCGGUCUCGCUGGCGGCCGGGCCACCACCGGCAGUGCGAGGAGCGGUGCCGGGACGGCCCCGGUGCCUCACCCAGCUCGACGGGAUGCUGGCGGUCCUCCUUCAUGGCACCGGCACCGUCCCGGCCGUCGGGAAACGCGGCGGCAGCUGCUCCCGGUGCUGCUCCCGCCGAGGCCUCACCCCGGCCCGGCCCCGCGUCCCGCCCCCCCCGCGGGCGCGCUCGCCGCGCUCGCCGCGCUCACCGCCGCGCGUUCCCCCCGCAGGAGCUGGAGUGCAUGAUGGAGCCCCAGGAGCUGGGCCUGGAGCAGCCGCUGGCCGCCCCCGAGCAGAGCCCCGGCGGCGAGGCCGAGCUGCCGGCCGCAGAGAUCUCCCUGACGCUGGUCACCGAGAUCCAGGCCGUGGACAGGAAGGUGGACACCCAGGCCGCGCAGCUGAUGAACCUGGAGGGCAGGAUGAGGAUGGCGGAGACGAAGCUGAUCGGCUGCGAGAAGACGGCGGUGGAGUUCGGGAACCAGCUGGAGAGCAAGUGGACGGCGCUGGGCACCCUCAUCCAGGAGUACGGGCAGCUGCAGAAGCGGCUGGAGAACAUGGAGAACCUGCUGAAGAACAGGAACUUCUGGAUCCUGCGGCUGCCCCCGGGGGCAAAAGGAGAAGUCCCCAAGGUCCCCGUGGCCUUCAACGACGCCUCGUUUAACUUCUCUGAGGAGGAGUGGAAGAGCCUCAACGAGUGGCAGAAGGAGCUCUACAGGCACAUCAUGAAAGGCAACUACGAGGCCGUCAUCUCCAUGGACGCUGCCAUUUCCAAGCCUGAUCUGCUGACACGGAUUGAGCAAGGAGAGGAUCCCAACGCUGAGGAUCAGGAGGACUCCGAGGGAGGAGAGACCCCCACAGACCCCAGCACUGAGUUUUUUUUCCCUGGGCCUGAUGACAGCUCGUGGGGUAAAUAUGAAGAGACUCUGGCUGAAAGCCAUGAAGGCUCUGAGGAAGAGGAGAGCAUGGAGGUCCCUGGUACAUACGAACAGCCCUGCGAGGAGGAAGGCUCCGAGAGCCUGGAGCUUUCCAGGUCGUUGACAGGAAAGUGGGAAGAGGUUUUCUCCAACCCGGAGGAGGAGAAAAUGCAAUCGAGCAGCAAGAGCCAGAGCGGGUCGGCCCCGCCGCAGCGAACGGCGACGGGCAACGGGCUGAGGCGCUCCGUGCGCCGCGGGAGAGACUUGGCCAGGAAGGAUCCCGAGGAGGCGGCGGCCGACAAGGGGCCCUACAUCUGCUGCGAGUGCGGCGAGAGCUUCCUGGACAAGCAGCUCUUUGCCACCCACCAGAAGGCUCACGCCAGCGAGGAGGCCUGCACGUCCCUGGAGCGCGGCGAGAGCUUCCGGCAGAAAUCCAAAGCCAAGGGCCAGGGCCCCUCCCGCUCCAAAGCGUCCAAGCGCCCCGACGGAGAGAAGAGCUCGGGAUUCAAGUACGGCUUCGUCAGGCACCAGGUGAACAACAUGGUGGAGAGGCCCUACACGUGCUCCCAGUGCAAGGAGAGCUUCAGCCUGGAAGUGAGCCUGAUCCUGCACCAGAAGCUGCACACGGGGAAGGGCGACGGGCCGCUGACGUGCACCUACUGCGGGAAGGACUUCCGAGACCUCUCCAAGGCCAUCCGCCACCAGCGCAUCCACACCGGGGAGAGGCCCUACCAGUGCACCGAGUGCGGCAAGAGCUUCAUCCGGCGGGACCACCUGCUCAAGCACUGGCGGGUGCACACCGGGGAGACCCCCUACCAGUGCCCCGUCUGCGGGAAGCAUUUCCGCUACAAAGAGUCCCUGAAUUGCCACCAGAAAAUCCACUCCCGCAACCCGCGGCCCGGGGAGGAUUCCCAGCACAACCUGGGCUCGGCGGGCACCCAAACCGACCAUUUCUGCGUGAAAAAAGAGACUAAGCAGUAUGGAUCAGCCCUGGACAGGGGUUGUGGAUCCCUGGACAGGGGGUCUUUAUUUGGGGGUCCCCACCUGCUGUCACACCCCUGUCCUUCCCCAAGCCCGGGUGACCAUCCCACUUGUCCUCUCCCUCUUCCCACAAACCAAAGGGUUUCCUGCCCUUCCCUGUGCUCAGUGUCACCAACUUCCCCACCCAAGGUGUGCCAGGGCUGUGCCAGGCAGGGACGGGACUGGGGAGAUGGGAUAAGGAAGGAUACGGUGGGACAGGAUGAAUGGAAUGAGAUGGGAUGGAACUGGGCGCCGGAGCCGGUGCGGCCGCCGCGCUGCCCCUCGCCCCUGCGGCCGGCGGCCGGCGCCGAGCGCACCUCGGAGCGGGAGACGCAGACGGCUGAGCUGUCCCUGACCGUGGUGGCGGCCGUGCAGGCGGUGGAGCGCAAGGUGGAUUCCCACUCCACCCGCCUGCUGGACCUGGAGGGUCGGACGGGGAUGGCGGAGAAGAAGCUGAUCGACUGCGAGAAGACGGCGGCGGAGCUGGGGAACCAGCUGGAGAGCAAGUGCGCGGCGCUGGGCACCCUCAUCCAGGAGUACGGGCUGCUCCAGCGGCGCCUGGAGAACAUGGAGAACCUGCUGAAGAACAGGAACUUCUGGAUCCUGCGGCUGCCCCCGGGCAGGAAGGGGGAAGUCCCCAAGGUGCCGGUGACCUUUGAUGACGUGUCCGUCUAUUUCAAUGACAAGGAAUGGGAGAAGCUGGAGGAGUGGCAGAAGGAGCUCUACAAGAAUGUGAUGAAGGGGAACUACGAGUCUCUGAUCUCCCUGGACUAUGCAAUUUCCAAACCUGGUGUUUUGUCUCAGAUCGAGCAAGGGGAGGAAUCGCGGGGCAGGAAUGAGCAGGACCUGGAGGAGAGUGAGAUCAUUACUGAUGCCACGGCAGCUGGAAUAAGAGUGGUGAUCAAAACAGAGGAGCUCCUUCCUGAAGACAGCCCCGAGAACCCCGAGCUGCACGGGAUGUCGGGGCAGUCCGAGGGCAGCUUCCAGAGCCCGGACGAGGAGGCGGCCUGCGAGAGCCCCUACGGCUCCGUGUCCCCCCCGAGGGACCUCCCGGGCACCAGCCUGGGCGACUCCUCCGAGUACGGAGCCGACUUCAGCGAGAUCCAGAGGGUCAUCGUUCACCACGGGGGCUGCACAGAGGAUGGGAUCGUGAUCAAGACGGAGGAGGAGGAGGAGGAGGAGGAGGACGACCCCGACACGCUGGAGCCGUGCGCCAUGUUCUCGGGCCGGAGCGAGGCGCCGGCGUUCCCCAGCCACGAGGCCGGGCUGGGCUGCGAGGCGCAGUGCAGCUCCAAGGCGCAGCCCCGCAGCCUGGCCCGCGUCAGGAAGCCGUCGGCCUGCGAGAGGGACUCCGGGGACAUGAAGCCGGCCAGCGGCCAGCAGCGGAACCGGACGCGGGAGAGACCCUACAUCUGCCCCGAGUGCGGCAAGAGCUUCAUGCUCAAGAUCAACUUCAUGAUCCACCAGCGCAACCACCUCAAGGAAGGGCCCUACGAGUGCCACGAGUGCGACCUCAGCUUCCGCAACAAGCAGCAGUUCCUGCUGCACCAGCGCAGCCACACGCGCCGCGGCGUGGGGGUCCCGCGGCGCCCCGAGCACGGCCUCAAGCCCCCGGCGCGGCCCCCGCCCCCGGGGAAGCCCUACAAGUGCUCCGAGUGCGAGAGCAGCUUCAGCCACAAGUCGAGCCUCAGCAAACACCAGAUCACCCACGUCGGGGAGCGGCCCUUCACCUGCGGCGAGUGCCGGAGGAGCUUCCGCCUGCAGAUCAGCCUGCUCAUGCACCAGAGGAUCCACGCCGGCAAGAACGAGAUGGCCUUCCUGUGCCCCCAGUGCGGCAAGAACUUCACCCGGCCCUCCCACCUGCUGCGGCACCAGCGGACUCACACCGGCGAGCGGCCCUACCAGUGCAGCCAGUGCGAGAAGACCUUCAGCGAGAAGUCCAAGCUCACCAACCAUUACCGCAUCCACACGCGGGAGCGCCCGCACGCCUGCGCCGUCUGCGGGAAGGGCUUCAUCCGCAAGCACCACCUCCUGGAGCACCAGCGCAUCCACACGGGCGAGCGGCCCUACCACUGCACCGAGUGCGGCAAGAACUUCACGCAGAAGCAUCACCUCCUGGAGCACCAGCGGGCGCACACCGGCGAGCGGCCCUACCCCUGCACCGAGUGCACCAAGUGCUUCCGCUACAAGCAGUCGCUCAAGUACCACCUGAGGACGCACAUGGGAGAGUGAGGGGCUGCCGAGGCUUCCUCUCCCUCCUUCCCUCCAUCCCUCCCUUCCUCCUCCUCGUCCUUCUCCUCCACUGAUCUCUCCCUCCCUCCCUCCAUCCAUCUCCCCCCACCCCGGCUCAGGGCAUGGACAUCAAGGAAGCUUUGUGUGGUAGCGCCGCUGGUCUGGUGGAGACUCGGCUGAUUGGAAAUAAAUUAAUGAAUUAAAGCAAGCAACGUGCGGCAAAAUUAAAAGAUUAUAUGUAUAAAAAAUUAACAGAAGCAGCUGAUUUAGGGGGAAUCAUCACCAACAAGCAAACAAACCACCAACAAAAGAAACCUGUACACAGGGUGUUUUGCCGGAGUAGAACUCGUAACUGCUUUUUAAAUCUACUGUUUGGUUUUUUUAAUAAAUGUGGAGGAACUUUUUAUUUGAUAAGCAACCUUAGGAUGGGCAAGAUUUUAUUUUCAGUUUUGAUUUUUGUUUGUUUUGUUGGGUUUUUUGUUUUGUUGUUUUUUUUUUGUUAACUGCUCUGUAGGCUGAUUCUGGCACAGUCACUUUUUGUCCAGGAGCUCUGUGGAGGUGCUGCCUCGUCCGGGCUGGAUGUGACAGGAGGAGCUCCAGCGGGGGGAGGUGAGUAAUUAACAGAUGCAGCUGAUGAGGAAGUUCUGCGUGUGUCUAGACUGGAAGCGCUGAUAGGUGCCUGCCUGGCUCGCGGGGCUGUGAUGCACUCCUGAAUUAUACAAUAGAAUAAAAUUCUAGUUGCA